ACAUGUAAUAGGAUUCAAAUGAGCAGCAUACAAAAAUUAUGAUUUAUGUAGGCUAUGAUAUGUCGUUGUCAUGACUAGAUCAAAUCAACAGCGGCGGGACUAUUCAGUUUGAAAAUCUUCCUGUUAUAAUAAAUUCAAAAUGUUCAAAACACAAAAAAUCCUUCUCUGGUUAGCGCGGCGAUGUUACGCGGAUUACGCUAAGACCAUAAAAAAUUUAGCGAUUAAUGAAGAUACGAAGGUGAUUGUCCAAGGAUUUACCGGCAAGGCAGCCACAGUUCAUUCUAGGCUAGCUUUGGAGUAUGGCACAAAAUUGGUCGGCGGCGUAUCGCCGAAGAGAGCAGGGCGAGUCCACCUAGGGAAACCUGUUUAUGCUACUGUCGCGGAAGCUGUGCAAUAUACCAAUGCGGAUGCAUCCGUUUUGUUCGUGCCAGCUCCCUAUGCAAAGAAGGCAAUCGAAGAAGCGAUAGAAGCAGAGGUACCUUUGAUUGUCGCCAUUACUGAGGGCAUACCAAUUCAAGACAUGGUCCGCGUGAAACACAUGCUUAUGAGUCAGGAAAAGUCUCGUUUACUUGGACCUAAUAGUCCUGGGAUAAUCGCACCGGGAAGGUGUAAAAUUGGCAUCAUGCCAAGUAAUAUCCACAAGAAGGGGAAUAUCGGCAUUAUUUCCAGAUCAGGUACUCUCACCUAUGAAGCGGUGCAUGAGACUACCGAAAAUGGUCAGGGCCAAUCGAUGUGUAUUGGCAUUGGCGGAGAUCCUUUCGUUGGAAGUGGAUUUAUUGACUGCUUGCAACUGUUUUUAACUGAUCCAAAUACUGAAGGCAUUGUUUUAAUCGGCGAAAUUGGCGGGAAUGCUGAGGAGAAAGCUGCAGAGUUUCUUCUUGAACGCAAUACCGGAAAAGAUGCAAAACCAGUGGUCGCUUUUGUUGCUGGUUUGUCAGCGCCUGCUGAUAGACGCAUGGGACAUGCCGGAGCAAUUAUGUCUGGUACUACGGGCGGCGCGACCGCCAAGAUAGAGGCGUUGGAGAAGGCCGGUUGUGUCGUAACACAAACAUUAAGUAACAUUGGUGCACUUAUGCUUGAUGCAUGCAAAAGUACACUCAGACACGAUAACUGGUCUCCUGCCAAAGCUAAGUACCAAAUGAACAUGAAGUUUGGAAGAGCCAAUUUGCGAGAGAAACAAAAACAAAAGCAAUAAUGUUUCUCAUGUGUUUUGACACAUUGUGAACAAGUCGUGCAUAAAUUAAAUACCUUUAUUAGAUCAGAA